CCACAACGCACUCGAGCAUCUCGAAUCUCAUCAAGGCUGUGUCUGUUCAUCAGUAACCGAAUUAAAGUCGCACAUAUAUCGCUUCGUCACUCCGUGUCUCCACACGUGCAUAGCACGUUAGCACGAUAGCACGAUCUGACGUCAACCCGACUGACCUUGAAACCGACUAUCUGAUUUGCCGCCAAUCUGGAGUGGUUCUGGGCGACGACAAUCAAGCGGGGACAGAAUCCCGACGCAGGGGAGGAAGCCAAAAUGUCCAGGGCUACGGAGACGCCGGCUCCCCGGCUGACUCCUCAGUUCUGUUUCAAUGAGCGGCUACUUCGGGAUUUUCUGCGACUUUCACGCUCGACGAUUGAUGACUCGAUCACGCAAAAUCUCAACGCCUUGUACACGCCAGCGCGCGAAGGCUUCGACCCCUCCUCGACGGCUCGCCGACAGACCGACUCCCGACUCGAUCGACCGAUCGACCCGACGGCGUGCCAGGACUUCAAGGACAAGGUGCUCUUUCCGUCAUGGCAGACUCGAUCGGACGUGCUUGCUUACUGCGCUGGCGUGGCGACGAGUCCCGACCCCGAAGACCCGGAUUUGAUCCUCCGGCAGACGGAGUCGGCCCGGGAUCGAGAGAGGGUGGUGGAUGAGCGACUCGAUCCGUACUCCGCUCGGUUCUUUCCGCGAGAGGCACGCACGGAGUCUCUUGCCAACGUAGUUAGGAACCAGCGUAUGGUGGAGGAGAUCAUCCGGUCGCGAACCUGGGGCCUCGUGUCGGAGAGAUGUGAUGCGCCGUCUGCCGGUUGGGAGGAAGCAUUAAACCAGUGGCGUGAGAGACAGCAACGCUGAUUGUUUGUCCACCCUCGUUGGGAUUGGGCAUACAAUCGGACGGCCGGAGGUCCUCACUGUAUAUAAAAGCAUAUGCGACAUGCGAUCAUUGUACUGUACUCCAGGCGUUGGGGUUUCAAUCUACAUUCCAGUAGUUUUCAACCUCCACAAUAUACACCUUUUAUAAUUCCAAGUCCA